AUGGCUCACAGUGAGUCGGCAUCGGCGACCGAGACCCCGAAGCCCUUAGCCUCCAAUUUUGCUCCAAACUGCGCAAUGCUACUUUCUUCAACCAAUUUUGCACCGUUUCUCAGAGCAUCGCCAUUAAAGAAGCCCAAUUUGGUUCUUCCCGACAUUCCAGCCUCAAUUGCUUCCGCCACUGAUAAGUGUCUCCAAUUGCUUCACUCAUUGGCUUCUCAAAACCCGUUUCUCAGCAAACUGCUCUCUUUGCGUUCUGAAUUUCAAAGUCUUUGCCACCAGGCACGUCUCUCUGCGUUGAUUUCAUGGUGCAGGAAGCACAGGCAGGUGGAGACUUUAUCAGCUCACAAUUUUGCAGCGGUUUUACCAGGAGAUUCAGUGGCAGGGCUUGUGGUGGCAAAUGGUAUCUCCAACUUCUUGAACUUGUACAACACUCUCUUGGUUGUGAGGCUUGUCUUGACCUGGUUCCCCAACUCCCCUCCUGCCAUUGUUGGCCCCCUCAGCACAAUAUGUGAUCCUUACUUGAACAUAUUUCGUGGGCUAAUCCCACCACUUGGAGGCACAUUGGACCUCUCUCCCAUUCUGGCAUUUUUGGUUCUGAAUGCCUUUACAAGCACAGCUGCUGCUCUACCUGCAGAGCUUCCAGCCUCAUCACAACAAGUCACUGCUUCUCCUGCAGGAAUUACUAACCUCUCUACAUCUCAGAAGAAAUGGAUGACAAGGCUUCAGGGAAACAACACGAAGAGCUCUGGUGGUGUUAGUUAG